GUUCGGACCCGUGCGGAAAUAAAAACCGCUACAGUAAAUUAAACCCGCAAAAACCCUAAAAUACAAAAUCUAACCCUUAACAAUGGCGGUAAUAACACGGAAACAACUACGCAGGAUGACUGAAGCCACGGCGGAGUCAAUAAACACGAUUCUCCCAGAGGAACUAAUAAUCGAAAUCCUUACCAGAAUUGAUUUAACUGAUCCUUUGCAACUAAGAUGCGUUUGCAAAUGGUGGAAAUCGAUGGUGGUUGAUCCUCAAUUCGUGGAGAGUUACUUGCACAGAUCGUUCAGUGAUAUCAUUGAUCUAACUUCGACGGCUAUGGAGCACGUGGAAUCGUUUGGAUCGCAUGAUUUUUAUGCGCCGAACGAUGUUCAAGAUGAUGAUGAUGAUGAUGGUGGUGGUGAGGAGGAGGACGAGGAUGACGAAGAAGCGGCGGAGUUGUUGGUGAACAAGGCGGCGCAGUUGGAUGAUCUAUUGGUGAUGCUUCAGACUAUGAAAAGUAAUUUGAACACUAUGAAAGUUGACAUGAUAGGUUUGAAGAAAAGAAUGAAGAGUUUCGAAAGUUUUCUGAAAGUUUAUCUGAAGUCAGCACCAUCUUCAUCUUCUAGCGUCUGAUUUUGGUUUUCUUUCUUCCUGUUUUUUUUCUGAAAUGUUGCAACUGAUGACUAGUUUGAUUAUCUUAUAUGGUUGCUUCAUUUUGCUUUAAGCUACUUUUUUAAUGCUGAGGUUUGUGCUCAGAUAUUGU